UUUUCGCUCUCUGGCUCUGCGUACGAUACGAUUGACCCAUGUCAUGUCAUAUGUAUACAGCUCAUGCCUCAGUCUAGAGUCUCCCGAAGUCCCACAAUAUUGUGCUGUCGUACUUUCUGAAACUUGAUCAUCACCAAUAUUUGGAUCUGUUAUAUUACUAGUUGUUGACUGAGUGAGUGGCUACUGAUGCUAUUUGCCACAGCCCAGACCACGUUGUCAAUUUUUUAUGCAGCUUUUUAAUUAACAACGAAAAUUAUGAAGGAGUACCAGCGCAUUCAGCCUAUUAACGAUAAGGAAGGACAAGCCUUUAAGGAUGGGACGUCGAAGCCAGGACGAUGUGCAUCGUGUUCUCUUCUUGCCCUAUUCUUCCUGGCUAUCUUAGCAGGUCUCGUUGCUGCAGUGGUUCUUAUCAUUACCAAUCCUCAAGGAGUGAGUCCCAAGCCUGUACCAUGCACCGAUCCUUGCACCGUGAUAUUGGCAGAGUCCAUGCCUCUAAACCUGACCUUCCCAGAUGGGUCGCCGAGAUUUCAAUCAACUUUCGCAAUCUGGAAAGAGUUGCUGGCUACUGCUGAAGAAACCGUAGACAUAUCUUCCUUUUACUGGACUCUUCGAGGAAAAGACAUAUUCAAUGAUACUUCAGACUUUGAGGGUGAAGAAAUCUUCCAGGAGUUGAUGGCAGCGGGUACCACGCGGAACAUCAGCAUCCGUAUCGUUGAGAACAAACCAUCCCACACAGUCAAGGACUAUGACACCAAGGAACUCGUAGCGAAAGGAGCUGCUGAGGUCAGGGCCCUGGACUUCAACAAGCUUCUGGGAGGAGGGAUCCUGCAUACAAAGUUCUGGGUCGUGGAUAACAAACACCUGUAUCUGGGAAGCGCCAAUAUGGACUACAGAGCCUUGACACAGGUUAAAGAGAUUGGCGUAGGAAUAUUCAAUUGCUCCUGCUUAGCUAAAGACCUGGACAAGCUCUUUGAAGUAUACUGGUAUCUUGGGAACCAUACCACUGUCCCACCCAAGUGGCCUGAAGAAUUUGCCACAGCGUACAACCUAGAUACUCCGAUGGAACUGAAGCUAAAUGAAACCAAUGCUACAGCCUUUAUUGGGAGUUCCCCACCAGCCUUCUGCCCGUCUGGUCGGACAUCUGAUAUCGACGGUCUCCUCAAUGUCGUCGAGUCUGCCAGGAAAUUUGUCUACAUCGCUGUCAUGGACUACAUUCCAGAAAAAGAAUUUUCACAUCCUAUGGAAUACUGGGACGUAAUAGAUGCUAAAUUAAGAGAGGUAGCAUUCAACCAUCAUAUCAACGUACGUGUUAUGGGAAGCAUAUGGAACCAUACGUCGGAUGAUAUGAUCAUCUUCCUUCGCUCGUUGGCUGAGAUGGGUGCAACGGGUAGAUUCAACAUCCAAGCGAAACUCUUCUGUGUGCCAGCAUAUACUCCUGUGGAGCACAUCAUGCCGUAUGCUAGAGUCAACCACAACAAAUAUAUGGUCACAGAUAAUGCAGCUUAUAUUGGUACAUCCAACUGGUCAGGUACCUACUUCACACUGACUGGUGGAGCAAGCUUAGUGGUCAACCAAACUCAAGCCCAGAUGGAGACCAAUGCCACCACCUUACAGGGGCAACUUGCCGGACUCUUUGAACGUGACUGGAAUUCCAUACAUGCCCUUCCCGUCCUAGGCAAUGUGGAGUGUGUAUGAAAUAGUUUAGAUUCACUUGGUCGAAGACCAGUUGGUCUACCCUUAAGAUAGUCUGAUACAACAUGGGCUAUUCAUUUGGUCUGAUUGCCAUUUGGUCUGCAGUACUCAUGGUCUAAUACCCACUUGGUCUAUUCUCAUUUCGUCUAAUGCCCAGUGGUUCUAAAUUCCACUCUAUCUAUUUUUUUCUUUUACUUGGUAAAAUGAAAAUUUGAUUUAUAAACAUUUCAUCUAUAUAGACUUAGGGGGUGUUGCAAGAAAUAUUUGCAAUCAAUAUUCUGUUUCAAAUUCACAACUGAUUACACUCCUUUUGGAAGAAGCAGUUUUGAAAUCAAUCACAAUUUUACAAUUAAUUGCAAGACAUAUGAUUGAUAUAUGGACCAAAAAUAGACUUGCAAGUGGUUGCAAGUUUCUUGCAACGCUCCGUAAGACCACGUGGAUAUUUAAUAUAAUGGGUUUUGUCAAACUGGUAAUUGGACCAAAUGGUAAAAUACAUGUGCUAAAGGGGAAUUAGACCGAUUUUGUCAGGAGGCUAAAUGGUUGUAGAUGUAUUUAGAUGUGAGAUGAGACCAAAUGGAAAAUAUAGACGAAGAGGGUGUAGGCUAAUCAACAAUUGAAUGUAGGAAACAUUGUGACCCGAUUUCACAAAAGUAGUUUUGAAAACCAUCGGUUGAACCCACGGUCUAUGCAGAUUUCCUAUAUAGAUUACGCC